AUGGAACAAGAGACGAAGAAGUUCUUCGCACAUGUGACGUUCUGGUGGACGUGGGCUGCAUUUACGAUCAUUCAAAACGUCGAUAUGAUCACCAUCAAAGGUAACCCUGACAUUGAUGGUACUGAUGAAAAUGUUAACUACCCAAGUAGCAAGGGAUCAUCCCUGGGACAUGCCAUUUGGAUCCUACUCUUAUACUUUUCCGCAUUGAAAACGCUAAGCAGUCAUGUUGACUUUUCAAGGGGAUUCGCACACACCCUGAGCACACUUCGUCCAGAGAAGAAGCCGACAACCCCCAUGAGUAGCGCAGGGCUAGUGUAUAAUCACUAUGGCCAUGCUAUCAUCUGUAAAAUCUUGAAUUGUAAAAUCAAAGAUGAAAAGGUGGACAAGAUAUUUGAUAUCGUGUACAAAAAUUUCAUCGAAGAGAUCGAUGCUGCUGACAAUGCCAUCAGUAUUUGUGAUAAUUUAAAGGAUCAUAAAUUUAAAGUAACGACAAACCUCACUUGCCGAGUAAGUAAGCUCAACAGAUGGGACGACAAAGAAUCCUGCGAUGCGGCAUUUGAGAAGGCCCAGCAGAUGACAGGGGAAGAAUUCCUCCAGCACAUCCGUUACCUUGGGGAUAUCUGGUGGCCCACCAAAGAGCUACUUCUUAAGGAUUUGAAUAAAAGAUUUCAGGUGGAUAAGAGUGGGAUGAUCCUGGAGUUAUCAAAAGGGUGCCCAUGGGAAAAACACCUAUUUUCCUUGGAAGUUAAUGGAGAGGUAAAGAAAUAUGAUGUGUGUUUCGUUAUCUUUCCCAAACCUUCUGGCAACUGGAGGAUUGUGGCUGUUGGAAUCGGUCCUGUUCAUGGCAAGCAUAGGCAACUUUUCCCAAAGGAAUGGAGAGGACUAACAAGUCCAGAGCUUGAAGCCGUGUCAGGGAUUCCAGGAAGCAUAUUCGUUCAUGCAAAUGGACACCUUGGAGAACAUCAGACACGUGAUGGAGUCAUCGAGAUGGCCAGAAAGAGUUUGAAGGAUCCUAGUCCUGAAUUACAGCUCCUCAGGGCUGUGGGGAAGAGGCAGCUUCUGCAUGCUGAAUUGGGAAUGCUUCAAAACUCAGAGCUGCAAGAGAAGUCAGGAUUGCCAGGGAUCAAAUUUGUAGAUCCCAGCAGAUCCUGGGGAAGACAUGAGACCCGUGAAGGAGCUAUCCAGAUGGCCAAAAAGAGCUUGAUGGACGCUGAACCACGACUUCUACUUCUACGGGCUUUGGACUCGAGAUUCUUGAUGGAUUCCAGUCGGGAGGUUCUUGUGCUACCAUCGAAAUUCUUCCCAGCAAGAACGCACUUCCCAUGGGAGUGCUUCUUUAAAUUGGAAGAAGAAGGCGUUAUAGCCAAGAAUGAGGUGGUGUUCGUGAUAUUCACAGAUAGUACUGGUUUGUGGAUAGUCAUGGGAGUUUCCCGUCACGGACAAUCUCAGAGGGGAUCCAUGGAAGAAAUACCACUCCAUCUAGUGUACGGUCAAGUCCGGAUCGUACAUACCAACGAAGGAGAGGAGAAGGCGAUAGGAGGCCUUCCGCGAGGAGCUAUCGGAGGCGUUGAUCCCUACCACAUGCAGCUGCGCAACACCUCUGAUCGUACAUACCACGUACUGAAAAAACAUAGCAAGGAAGAGGAACCUUCCGAUCGAACGACCUGUCCUUGGGCGUCCAGAGCGGGUAAGGUCAGCAACUGUGCCAGUUUUGUCAAAGUUCGAGUUGAGAUGGACGAUCGAAUUCCGGCUGACAGUUUCUCCAUUGAAUUUCCUCUUGAAUUGUCGAGCGGUUUCCGCUGCGUUCUGGUCGAAUUUGGAAUAAAGGCGAACAAUAGCAACUCGCAUAUCAACACUCAGUCGUUUCUCGCUAAUUUUCCUGGGAAGUGUCCCAUUGGACUGCGACGAGUACAAUACAAUACAGUCCGUCGCGGGUUGCGGGAUCCGGAUAGGGAAAGGAAGAGGCGGUGUGACCCGCUUGGGUGGAAGAGGCGCCUCCAAAGUUGGAUCGAUGCAGCAAGGCGAGACCUGAGCACCCUUCAGGAGAUCAAGAAGGGGAACACAUCCCGGAAAGUGAAACUGACAUACAAGCGGCUGUGCCCAAAGUGCAAGAUCACUUCCGAUGCCGAUCUCCCGACCCACCAUAGAAGAAGUGAAGACGAAGAUCCAAGCUUGGAACAACUGGCGUCGUAA